AUGUCCGACUUUGGCUGUCCCAGCUGUCCCAGCUGCUGCCACGCCGCUGACUUGGGCGUUCACGACUAUUGCCUCCCGUGCGAUACCAACCCGUCCUGCCCCCGUUCUGUCAGGAUGCAGCCCCGGCAGGCCGAGGUCGACAAGUCACGCACGAAAAGGGCCACUUCCGACUUCAAGGGCUCCGGUUCCUCCAAGGGCUCCGGUUCCUCCAAGGGCUCCGGCUCCUCCAAGGGCUCCGGCAGCUCCAAGGCCAAAGACGACAAGAAGACAAAGGGCGCCGCGUCCAAGUAA